GAAAGCAGCUUUUUGGAAAUGGUAUGCUGAUUAUUUCCCAAUAACAUUAAUUAAGGAAGUAGAUCUAGAUCCAUCAAAAAAUUAUAUAUUCGGUUAUCAUCCACAUGGUGUAAUAUCUGUUGGUGCUUGGACAAAUUUUGCUACAGAAGCUAAUGAUUUUUCGAAAAAAUUUCCUGGAAUUACAUGUCGUUUAUUAACUCUUGCAUCAAAUUUUAAUAUUCCUCUUUAUCGAGAAUAUUUAAUGGCUCAUGGAUGUGCAUCAGUAUCACGUCAAUCUUGUGAAAAUAUUUUAAAAAAAGGACCAGGAAAUUCUAUUUUAAUUGUUGUUGGUGGUGCUGGUGAAAGUUUAAAUGCACGUCCUGGAGUUUAUGAUUUAGUUUUAAAGAGGAGAUUAGGAUUUAUAAAGUUGGCUAUUCGUCAUGGUAAAGUUUGGAAAUUUCAAAAGACAUUACAAAAAUUAUCUGGUUGGACAAUGCCUCUAUUUCAUGGUCGUGGUGUAUUUAAUUACAAUCUUGGAAUUCUUCCACAUAGAAGGCCUAUUACUACAAUUGUCGGAAGACCCAUUGAAGUUACAAAAAUCGAAAAUCCAACUGAAGCAGAUUUGCUUGAAGUACAAAAGAAAUAUAUUGACGAAUUAUUUAAUAUUUGGAAUACAUACAAAGAUAAAUAUGCUAAAAAUAGAGUUAGUGAAUUAACUCUUAUAGAAUAA